CAAAAGGAGGAUGCUGAGCUGGAUGCGGGAGCACCUUAAAAUGCUGUUCUUUUGCUUUAUUAUGAGGCCGAAAUAACACCCAACCAUGUAAUGAAGUGGCGCAGGAUUUGUUGGAGGAAGCGGGAUGAGAGAGAGAAUGUACUGGGUCGCUGGAUUCGCCGCCUCCCGGUCGUUCGUGGUUGAUCUCGGCCGGAAUCAGAGCCCGUCCCUCGGGUUGUGUGGCUCUGAUGAGCGUCAGUUAUUCUAUGGGUACAUAGUAGCCGUCCCUCUGCAGGAUUUUGGUGUGAUCAUGUCGGGACUGGUGUCGGACUCCUGGUGGAGGAAGACUCUUUACAUCACCGGCGGUGCCCUUCUAGCUGCGGCUGCCUAUCUGCUACACGAACUCCUCUCCAUCAGGAAGGAGCAACAGUUGGAUUCUAAAGACGCCAUCAUCCUUCACCAGUUUUCCAGGCCAAAGAAUGGGGUGCCAAGCCUGUCACCUUGCUGUCUGAAAAUGGAGACAUAUCUGCGCAUGGUUGAUCUGCCCUAUCAAAAUUACUUUGAUGGAAGCCUCUCUGCUCAAGGAAAGAUGCCUUGGAUUGAGUAUAACUAUGAGCAGGUGUGUGGAACUGAGUUUAUUAUUGACUUCCUGGAGGAGAAACUUGGUGUGAGCCUUAACAAGAGUCUGAACACUCAGGAGCAGGCGGUAGCGCGGGCCAUAACCACAAUGGUAGAAGAACAUUUGUACUGGACUAUUGCGUAUUGUCAGUGGGUGGAUAAUGUUCAUGUGACUCAGAGCAUGCUUGAUCUUCCCGGACCCCUCAGUGACCUGCUCAAAUGGAUUCUGUGUCAUCUGACUUGUGGAAUUGUAAAAAGAGAGAUGUAUUGUCAUGGCAUUGGCUGCUACACUAAAGAGGAUGUUUACAGUCUCAUGGAGAAAGACAUGCGCACAUUGGCCACACUGCUAGGGGAUAAGAAGUACAUCAUGGGUCCUAAGCUGUCCAGUGUGGAUGCCACAGUGUUCGGUCACCUUGCACAAGCCAUGUGGACACUGCCUGGCACACGGCCCGAGCAGCUCAUUAAAGGAGAACUGAUUAACCUGGCCAUGUACUGUGAGCGCAUAAGGAGGAAAUUCUGGCCCGAAUGGUUUGAAGACUUGGAGGACUUCUGUUAUGACAGUGAUAAUGACACCACCAGUGGAACGCCCAACUGCCUAAUGGACCUUGGUCUCUUUUCCAGGACAGACACUUUAGAGGAGAGUGAUCUAAGCUCGCUAUUACACAGUAACACACACUCGCAAGACACAGACCACUCUGCACGUUCACUGUCCGACUCUGAUAUUGAAGUAGACGGAUCAGAUUUGGAGCAGCAGUUCAAGAGUUAAAUCACAUAAUCUCUGCCCUUUGUUAGGGGGGCGCUGCUUAUAUUAAAAGGAUGACCUUUUGUUUCAACCAUUCAGAAAGUUUGCUGUAACAUCUAUUGUAAAAGAACACUAUGGAAUACGUGGUGGCUCCCAGUUCUUCAAAACGAAAAUUGAAAUUUCUAGUAUGGAUGAAUGGACCUAAAGUAGAAACAGAGUGUGUAUAUGUGUGCGAUGUUCUGUAUAGAAUAGGAGUGUUAACAUGACAUCAGUCAUGGACAUGUGUGGCUCAAGAUUUACCCCACAGAAGUUGGAUGCUCUCUUUUGCUCCCUUUUUGAGACAUGUGUAAAAGACCAUUGGAAACCCAUUAUACACCGGUUCUCUCAAAUUAUAAGUGUUCGUUAUGCCACCGUUUCUGUCUGGCUUUUAGUUUCAGAUUUUAUUUGAAUCAUUCAACCAUCCAAGCUGAGAGGGAAGCACACAAGAGGUCUACAUUGUUGUAACACUAUGUGUUUCUGCAGUUAUGUGCAUUGUUAACCUGAUACUACAGCAAAAACAUUUUAGCAUUCAAAACAGUAUAACCUAAAAUGUUGUUCCAAACAAGACAGGUUGAUCAAAUACAGUGGAGUUCUAAAGUAUGAAUCCACUUGUGAACAAAGGAGUUAAGCUCAAUGUAAUAAAUUUGCUUAUUCAAUAGUGCCCUAGAAAUAAUGCAGAAUCUUAAAUAGUUCUUACUAAUUUUAUGAAAUUAGUUUCAAAAUCAUAAAACUUUGUUUUCAGGUUAAAAUUUGAUUUAUUCAGACAUUUGAACCCCACAGUAUGUUUUAAUCUAAUUUGUUUUUAGACCAGAAUCAUGGGAGGAAAACAUAUUAGCUUGUAUGAUUCCAGAAUGUUUGUGUGAGGUUGACAAGUAGAUUUUUUCGUGACAGACCUAAAGCUGUAUACAUUUCUCCCUCCAGUUUAACCCUGAGAAUUCCUGUUUCCAGAUCAUUUUAACAACACAUAAUCAUGCUGUUAGAAAUGGAUGAGAUAUAAUAGGAUGGAUAAUAGGAUUAUGAAAAAUGAUUAAGCACUUAAUCCCCUUUCUCACUCACCUGACUAACAGAAACAACACAGGAAGUCCACAUUUAGGCUGAGUAAUAAAACAAAACAGUCAUUUUUAUAUGCAUUUUAUUUGCAAGGGAUCCAGUGUAUAUCAUCAGCUUCGAGUCUCGAUCAGACUGAGUGGUGCUUAAUGCCUGUGUGCCUGACUAAAGCCAUUUCUCGUGUCUCUUCCAUCUAAAAAUGUAAUACAAAUCUGUGUAAUACAGACAUGCUACCACCAGAGGGCACUGUGACCAUUCACAUAUUGGGUGGGUACUAUCCAGCUAGUUGUAUUGCUUUGCGGGAAUCCCUGUUAGCUUCUGCCUUUAAACAACAUUUUUAUCAAUAAUGUCAGCACUGUAUAAACAACAGUGAACCUCUAGCGUACACACAGCAGUCACUAACUUUGUUAGUAAGAGUUAGUUAAUAAAAAUUAUAUUAUUUAUAAUUAAAUAAUGAAUCACAAAUAAAUAAUAUUUUAUUAAAACAUUUUUAAGUUUAUUAUCUACUCACUUUCCUGUAACAUUAAAUAUCGCAGCUUUGAAAUGUGUAUCCUUUGAAUUGUAGUGGUCAACGCAGGGCCGGCCCGACCCAAUAUACAAACUAAACAUUUGUUUAGGGCCCCGUGAUUGGUUCGGGGCCCCACCCACCACCCCCAUUUAUUUUAUUUUUUGCCUAUCAUUUACUCUAAUCAACAAAACACACAACCGUAUCAAUGAAACGUAGUAUGUUUCAUUUCGUAUAUUUUUUUCUAAAUUAACUAGUAUUUUCUAGAAACCUGUAGGGCCCCAUACACUAUUUUUGUUUAGGGCCCCCAAAACCCUAGGUCCGGCCCUGGGUCAAUGUGUGACGUUCCUGGCUCCUAUUGGUCGCGCGUCCUCUUGUACUAGUUCAGAGUUCACCAAGCUUGAAAAUUGGUACGCAGCGUAGUACGCUUUAUUUAUUAUUAUUAUUUUUCGCAUGAGCUUACGUUUCCGCUCUGCUGCAUUCGGAUGCGUUUGAAUGAGAGUAAAUGGAGCGCGGAGUGUUGUGUGACCGCCCCAUUAGUUGAGGGAACGUUAAUGUGAUCAACAGUCUCAUGCUGAAUUUACCCUCAUUCUGUUGAAGUUACUUGAAACACAAGCCAGUCCUAAUAGAAAAGUUAAUUUAUUUCUAUCCCUAAGGUAGUACUAUCUUUUAUGCAGAAAUACGUUGCUUUCUUUUCAUAUUAUUUGCACACUUUAAAGGGACAGUUCACCCAAAAAUUAAAAUUUCCUUAUUUCAUGCCAUCCCUGAUGUGUAUGGCUUUCUUUCUUCUGAAGAACAUAAAGAUUUUUAGAAGAAUAUCUCAACUCUAUGGGUCCAUACAAUGCAAGUGAAUGGUGACUGAACUUUGAAGCUCCAAAAGCACAUAAAGGCAGCAUAAAAGUAAUCCACACGACUCCAGUGGUAAUUCUAAGUCUUCUGAAGCAAUACGAUGGGAGUAGGUGAGAAACAGAUCAAUAUUCAAGUCGUUUUUUUUUUUAAAACUAUAAAUCUCCACUUUCAUUUUCACUUCCACAUUCAUCUUCUUUUGUUUAUCAGCAAUUCGCAUUCUUCGUGCAUAUUGCCACCAGUUCAGAGCUGGUCAAAUGUGGAGAUUUAUAGUUUAAAUAUCUGUUUUUCACCCACACCUAUCAUAUUGCUUGAGAAAAUAUGAAUUUUUGAGUUAUGGAGUCUUAUGAAUUAAUUUGAUGCUGCCUUUAUGUGAUUUAUGGAGAUUAAAAUUAAUUGGAUGGACCUACAGAGCUGAGAUAUUCUUCUAAAAAUCUUCAUUUUUGUUCUGCUGAAGAAAGAGUGUAAUACAAAUCUGGGAUAUGUAAAUGAUAAAGAGAAUUUUCAUGUUUUUGCGAACUAUUCCUUAAAGUUAUUGAACGAUUGUGGACCAUUUUAAAAUACAGAUGGAAUUAUGUGAAAUUAUGCGCCAAAAAUGGCACUGACAACAGGGUCCAUACAAUCAAUAUGGUGUGUUAUAAACUGUAUGUGUGUGUGUAUGAAGUUUACUGUUAUACAUUAUUUACAUGCAUGCAUGCGUGUGUGUGCGCAUAUACACAUGCUCUGGUGUACCAAAGUGCACCACUGGAAAUCCUUUAUCAGAUGUUUAUAAAACCUCUCUUUCUCUUAAGAGAGAGAGAGUUUAGAUUAAUUCUUCUUUAUUAUGUCAGGUUUGAGGAAUAAAUCAAGUCUCAUAUGGAUCUUGUGUAAACAUUGCUUAACUUGCAACUUUUGUAUACAAAGUUUCAUGGUUUAAAAGAUAUCUAGCUCUUUCAGUGACUUGAAACUCAACACUCCUAAAAUUGCCUUUUUAAUCCAUGAUAACAAUUGUACCAAAAUUCUCAGAAUUAUUUUUCAUUCUUCAUUGUGAAAUAUGUUGGUCUAUAGAACUGCAUUCUAGAAAUGUGUCUGUGUGUUGAGAACAUAGCUGGAUUAUGUUCUUAUCACUAACUGAAAAGAGAUGUUAAAGUUAAUCUUGUGAUUUGUUAUUAGAGUUUUAAAGCCAUAUUACAGAGGUAAUUUCCUGUCUGUGGAAAUAAAAUUAUGAUUAUUAAUGUAGAUUCUACCUUAUCUGAAUCAGCUAUAAAAUAGUGUGCAUAACUGAGAUACUCCAAUGAAUGUUUAUUCAUAUAUUUGACAAUGAUUGCUCUGAAACAUUAAUUAAAAUAGCUGU